CCGAGCCCCCCGCCCCCGCCGGGCGCCCGGCGCCACCCCCGCCCGCCCCCCCCCCUCCGGGAGGAGGGGCGCGGGGACCCCCCCGUUCCCACUGCGCCGGGGACAGCCCGCCCCCGCCGCCCGCCCGGGAGGUGCCCGCCACCCCCGGAGCCUGAGGGAGACCCGGCCGCUGCCAGGAGCCGCUUCGAGGUUUUGUGGUGCUUCCCGAGCAUGAGUUCAGCAUGAAGCGGCGAUUGGAUGAGCAGGAGUCACCCGUGUAUGCGUCGCAGCAGAGACGUAUCACCAGCAGCACCGAGGCUUUCCCGCACCAGCACCGCGUGCUCGCCCCGGCCCCGCCGGUCUAUGAGGCGGUUUCCGAGACCAUGCAGUCAGCCACGGGGAUCCAGUACUCUGUAACUCCCAGCUACCAGGUGUCGGCAGUGCCGCAGAGCUCGGGCAGCCACGGCCCGGCCAUCGCCGCCGUGCACGGCGGCCACCACCACCCCGCGCCCGUGCAGCCCCACGGCAGCCAGGUGGUGCAGAGCCACACGCACCCCACGCCCCCAGCCGUGCCCGUGCAGGGCCAGCAGCAGUUCCAGAGGCUCAAGGUGGAGGAUGCAUUGUCUUACCUUGACCAGGUGAAGCUACAGUUUGGUAGUCAGCCACAGGUCUACAAUGACUUCUUGGAUAUUAUGAAGGAAUUUAAAUCUCAAAGCAUCGACACCCCGGGGGUGAUCAGCCGUGUCUCGCAGCUCUUCAAGGGCCACCCAGACUUGAUCAUGGGCUUCAACACCUUCCUGCCACCUGGCUACAAGAUUGAGGUGCAGACCAACGACAUGGUGAACGUGACCACCCCGGGGCAGGUUCACCAGAUCCCCACGCACGGGCUGCAGCCCCAGCCGCAGCCGCAGCCGCCGCAUCCCUCGCAGCCUUCGGCACAGUCCACCCCGACACCAGCACAGCCGGCACCACAGCCCACACCUGCCAAAAUCAGCAAGCCAUCGCAGUUGCAGGCUCAUACUCCUGCCAGCCAGCAGACGCCGCCGAUCCCGCCGUACGCGUCGCCGCGCUCGCCGCCGGUGCAGCCGCACACGCCCGUGACAAUCUCCCUGGGCACCACACCAUCCCUGCAGAACAAUCAGCCCGUGGAGUUCAACCACGCCAUCAACUACGUCAACAAGAUCAAAAAUCGCUUCCAGGGACAGCCAGACAUCUACAAAGCCUUCCUGGAGAUUCUCCACACGUAUCAGAAGGAGCAGCGUAAUGCCAAGGAGGCAGGAGGGAACUACACGCCAGCCCUGACAGAGCAGGAGGUCUAUGCCCAGGUGGCUCGCCUCUUCAAGAACCAGGAGGAUCUGCUCUCGGAAUUUGGGCAGUUCCUGCCUGAUGCCAACAGCUCCGUGCUGUUGAGCAAGACAACUGCAGAGAAAGUGGAGUCGGUCAGGAAUGACCACGGGGGCACGGUGAAGAAGCCACAGCUCAACAACAAGCAGCAGAGACCCAACCAGAAUGGCUGCCAGAUCCGACGGCACUCGGGCACUGGAGCAACCCCUCCGGUGAAGAAGAAACCAAAGCUGCUUGGUUUGAAAGACCAGUCCUUGGCAGAAGCCAGCAAACAUGGUGUGGGGACAGAAUCUCUCUUCUUCGAGAAGGUCCGCAAAGCUCUGCGUAGCACGGAGGCGUACGAGAACUUCCUGCGCUGCCUGGUGAUCUUCAACCAGGAGGUGAUCUCCCGGGCCGAGCUCGUGCAGCUGGUCUCUCCCUUCCUGGGGAAAUUCCCAGAACUGUUCACUUGGUUUAAAAACUUUCUGGGAUAUAAGGAGUCUGUUCACAUGGAGACAUAUCCGAAGGAACGGGCUACUGAGGGGAUUGCCAUGGAGAUUGACUAUGCCUCCUGCAAGAGGCUGGGCUCCAGCUACAGAGCCUUGCCCAAGAGCUACCAGCAGCCCAAGUGCACGGGGAGGACUCCACUGUGUAAAGAGGUUUUGAAUGACACCUGGGUCUCCUUCCCGUCCUGGUCUGAAGAUUCCACAUUUGUGAGCUCCAAGAAGACCCAAUAUGAAGAGCACAUCUACAGGUGUGAGGACGAGCGUUUUGAGCUGGAUGUUGUCUUGGAGACCAACCUGGCAACCAUCCGCGUUCUGGAGGCAAUCCAGAAGAAGCUGUCACGCUUGUCUGCGGAGGAGCAGGCCAAAUUCCGGCUGGACAACACCCUGGGGGGCACCUCGGAGGUGAUCCACCGCAAGGCUCUGCAGAGGAUAUACGCUGACAAAGCAGCAGACAUCAUCGAUGGGCUUCGCAAGAACCCCUCUGUGGCUGUUCCCAUCGUGCUGAAAAGGUUAAAGAUGAAAGAGGAAGAGUGGCGAGAAGCCCAGAGAGGAUUUAAUAAAGUCUGGCGAGAGCAGAAUGAGAAGUAUUACCUGAAAUCCUUGGACCACCAGGGCAUCAACUUCAAACAGAAUGAUACCAAGGUCCUAAGGUCAAAGAGUCUCCUCAAUGAGAUUGAAAGCAUCUAUGAUGAGAGGCAAGAGCAGGCUUCAGAAGACAAUGCUGGAGUCCCCACAGGCCCACACCUCUCACUGGCCUAUGAAGACAAGCAGAUCCUGGAAGAUGCUGCCUCUCUCAUCAUCCACCACGUGAAGCGGCAGACGGGAAUCCAGAAAGAGGACAAGUACAAAAUCAAGCAGAUCAUGUAUCACUUCAUUCCAGACCUGCUGUUUGCUCAGCGAGGUGAACUCUCGGAUGUGGAAGAGGAAGAAGAAGAGGAAAUGGAUGUGGACGAAGCUACUGGGGCUGCAAAAAAGCACAACGGUGUUGGGGGUAGUCCUCCCAAAACCAAGCUGAUGUUCAACAACACGACAGCCCAGAAGCUGCGGGGCAUGGAUGAGGUCUACAACCUCUUCUACGUGAACAGCAACUGGUACAUCUUCAUGAGGCUGCACCAGAUCCUGUGCCUGCGGCUGCUGCGGAUCUGCACCCAGGCCGAGCGGCAGAUCGAGGAGGAGACGCGGGAACGGGAGUGGGAGAGGGAAGUGCUGGGCAUCAAGCGAGACAAGAGUGACAGUCCUGCCAUCCAGCUGCGACUGAAGGAGCCCAUGGACAUCGAUGUGGAGGAUUACUACCCGGCCUUCCUGGACAUGGUGCGCAACCUGCUGGACGGCAACAUGGACUCGUCGCAGUACGAGGACUCGCUGCGCGAGAUGUUCACCAUCCACGCCUACAUCGCCUUCACCAUGGACAAGCUGAUCCAGAGCAUCGUGCGACAGCUGCAGCACAUCGUGAGCGAUGAGAUCUGUGUGCAGGUGACAGACCUGUACCUGUCAGAGAACAGCAACGGAGCCACGGGAGGGCUGCUGGCGUCGCAGUCCUCCCGCUCGCUCCUGGAGGCCGCCUACCAGCGCAAAGCCGAGCAGCUCAUGUCCGAGGAGAACUGCUUCAAGCUGAUGUUCAUUCAGAGCAGAGGUCAAGUUCAGUUAACCAUUGAGCUGCUGGACACAGAAGAGGAAAACUCAGAUGACCCUGUGGAAGCAGAGCGCUGGUGUGACUACGUGGAGCGGUACGUCAACUCUGAUUCUACCUCCCCCGAGCUCCGCGAGCACCUGGCCCAGAAACCCGUCUUCCUGCCCAGGAAUCUGAGGCGGAUCCGCAAGUGUCAGCGUGGUCGGGAGCAGCAGGAGAAGGAAGGGAAGGAGGGAAACAGCAAGAAGUCCAUGGAGAACAUAGAGAGCCUGGACAAGAUGGAGUGUAAAUUCAAGCUGAACUCCUAUAAGAUGGUGUACGUGAUCAAAUCAGAGGAUUAUAUGUACAGGAGGACCGCGCUGCUGCGAGCCCAGCAGUCCCACGAAAGGGUGAGCAAGCGGCUGCACCAGCGGUUCCAGGCCUGGGUGGACAAAUGGACCAAGGAGCACGUGCCCCGUGAAAUGGCAGCCGAGACAAACAAGUGGCUCAUGGGUGAAGGCUUGGAGGGCUUGGUGCCCUGCACCACCACCUGUGACACAGAGACCCUGCACUUUGUCAGCAUCAACAAGUACCGCGUCAAAUACGGCACGAUAUUCAAGACACCCUAGGAGUCCCCGGGGCGAGGCAGAGCCCGGGGGAUGUGUGUGUGUGUGCGCAUCCAGGGAAGGAGGGAGAUGCCUUUCUCCCCUCACUGUGUAUCUCCGUCACAUGGCCACUUGACUAGUGCGUGGCUGGUGCAGCCUGUCCCGGCGGGAUUCCCCCUGGGGCCGUGGAUCUCCGCCCGGGGCCGUGGGCUGCCGGCCCUUUUUGGGCAGGAAGGACCCUUCUCUGAACUGAGCCAUCCCAGAGAAACACCACGAGCUCGUACACACCAGCAGCGUUGAGGCUUUGACUCCCCGAGGGAGGCCCUGAGCGGCAAGGGAGGGGAGCGGGAUGCUCUCCACCACCUUGUGGAUGUGUCCCCGAAGUCCCCAGGUGCCUGUCACCACCGGAUUCUCCUCUCCUGGCGGGCUCCAGGGGCAGCACGCCCCGGGUUCCUCUCGCUCCCUCCCCUCCUCCCAGGCUGGACUCACCCUGUGCAGAUCGGUCUGUCCUUUCUAGUGCCAGUGGAACUGUUUUAUUUUUAUUUUGGGUUUUUGGUUUUGUUUUCCUUUUUUUUUUUUUUUUUUGUACCUGCUUGUUUACUAGUCUCUCCUAGUGCCAUGCACCAGCUUUUCACACACAUGUACGUACACACACACAGCAGAGAACAACACGAUUUUAACAUGUUCCCCUCCUUUUUUGUAAAUAAAUGUACAAAUUGUCAAUUUUUUUGGUUUUUUUUUCUUUUGGUUUUUUUUUCUUUUUUUUUUAAUUAAAGGAAUUAUGCUUGAUGUGCUAGCAUAACUGUACUAGCUUCUUGUGUACCAUAGUACCAGGUGGCUUGAGAAUUAGUACCGACAGACAGACCGAUGGAGACAUUUAUUACACUUUUUACCAAAGGGAGUUAUCAUUGUAGUGCUUUUGUGUGGAAACUUUUUUCUCCUUUUUUUGUAAAUAAAAAAAAUAAUGUCUUUGUUCUUAACUGGAGGAAGACACUCGCUCACCCACAGCCGUGUUCCUGGUCUGAGAGGCACUGUUCCAGCAUGCAGCUUUUGGGGUGGGAGAGGGGAGCGGGGAAGAGGGAGGUGUAAUCCAACCCCUUUUCUGAGGCUGGCAAGAGGAAACAGCAUUUGGGGGUUAAACAACUGAGGUAUAAGCAGCCUGAAAGAAAUAUAGAGUAUAUAAUUUUAACUUUUUUAAAUGUUUGGCUUUUUCCUGGUGGGUAAUUUUUAUCCACCUUAUCUUGCAGCUCCAAGGAUCUUCGCUUUUGGGAAGUGUUGCUGAGCAACUCAGCUGGGGCUGAUUGUGCUGAUGUAUUUUUUCCCUUUCUGUGUUGGAGAAAACAUCAUGGGAAAUACCAAGCCAGUAUUUGACAGAGCUGCUGUGCGUGUGUGAGCGCGUGUGUGUGGGCAGGAGGAGGAGGAGGGACUGGGGGGGCUCGGUGCAUUUCACUCCAGAAAUCCACAUAUGGGGAUAUGUAUUUUUUUAAGUAGAGAAAUCUAACACUGGCAGAUAUUUAAAAUGCGGGGGAAGAUUCUGAAUUUAAAAAUAAAGUCAGCACAGACUUUGUAAGCCACGACAGCCACCACUGCACUGUGUCUCCUCAAAAGGAGGUGGCUUUCCUAGCAAAAAUCCAUCCUGCACACCUGGAUUGGCUUCCAUCCCCUGGACAGGGAGCCACGAGCAGGGCUUGCCACGACUUCAGCCCCUCCCAGGGACUCACUGUGUUUUGAGACACCAGGUUCACAGACUCACAGAACAGCCUGGGCUGGAAGGAGCCUUAAAUAUCAUCUAGUUCCAGGUUCUCUCCAGCCACCACAGCUCCUUCCCUGGCGGGGAGCAGGGCUGGAGGGGACACCUGGAGCCGGGGUGGCAGUCACAGGCAGCCAAUGCACAGCAGGCAGGUCUGGAAUGGGAGCCUCCUGUGGAGAAGAGGGAGAGAAGCAAGAGCCCAGCAGGGCUUUUCACACUUUGCUAGCAAUAAAUCACCCGUCUCCUUUCUCCUUUGCUGUAACCAGGCAGUGGGGCUCUCAUGUGUCCUCUUCCAUUCCAAAGGUGUCACACACGCUCCCCUAUUAUUUCCCCCCUUUUUUUUAUUGUGGUGUAGGCUCAAGGUGAUGUGGAAGGGAAAAUCUUCGGUGGUUUAGACUUCUGGCCAGCUUGGCAGUAGCAGCUGCUGCUGCUUGGUGGGGUGCUGUGCCAGGAGGGCGCUGUGCCUGCCUGUCCUGGGACACAUCACAGGGAGACCUCUGCCUCUGGUGCUCCAUCUGACAUCCCAGCUCUGCUCCCAGCCUGCACAAUAGCAGAGGUUUGAAUAUUUUUUUUCUAAUUUUCUUUUAAUUUGAUCUUGCUUUUUAUAUUCUGUAACGUGAUCCUCGGCCCACAACCCA